GAGAGCGAGAAGUCGACGGAGGCGUCCUCGGACUUGAAAGAGGAGGUGUCCGGUUACCGUGGAGCUUGGUUGUGAAAGCAGCUGAUGUACAGCGGAUCCAACCCCAAAUCUGGUGCGGUUUUCACUGGCCUCCAGCCUGCGACUUUCACUAUAUAUGCUUUUCUCCUCUCCUCGAUUACGCAACCAAUGAAGUCCCUCUGAUACCAACGAGCACCAUCGGAAGCGCAGAGGCCCUCUUGGCGUCCGGUUGCCCUCGAGUAUAUAUCGCGGUUUCUGGUGUUGAACCUAGAAACCCAACUCUUGCGCACAACCACAACCUCGCCCAAAAAACGACAACCACGUUUUGUGUGUGCCGAAAGGUUUACGUUGUCCCACUUCUCCACCGAAUAUAUCUCAACUGCAUCAAUCACAAGCUUCGAGACUCGACGAUGGCCCCAUCCGAUAGCGCGACCCCGCUAGUUGCGCGUUGCGGCGGUAUGAAGGGCCGAACAGGAUCUGCGAAGUCAACUCGCAAGCAUGCACCAAAGGGGAUGGAUAGAACUUCGAUUUCAGGAGCCGGGCCUAUGACGUCCAGUGACACUGGACUCACCCAACCGCUGCCCAUGACUGCCGACUCGAACACCCUUACUAACCGUAUCGGUGGUCGUCCCAAACGCCAAUCUCACGUCCGAGACGAUGUUCCAGCGGGUCCUGGUCAACAGAAAAGCCCGGCGAAGACCAAGGCACAAGGCAAUGAUUACGCCCGCAAUCGGUUGUUGAUCGAUUUUGAGGAGGCAGCUUUCCAAGGCGGGCUGGCAGAGAGUGAGCGCGCUAUGAGCAUUCUGAAAGACGUGCUCAUGUACUACAACGUCUCUGUCAAGGCCGACGCCCCCUCGAUGCCACAUGUGAUUGCUCCAACGGCAGCGGUAGCAGAAGCGGCAGACCAGGAUCUCCCGUCUUCCGAUAUGGAGCCUGCAAGCAACGAGCUCUUCCAUGAGUUCUGCACCUACCCCUCCGACUCCGACACGGACCCCUCUUCUCAGCCUGACGACAACGAUGGAGUGAUUACUGCAUAUGUCGCUGUUAACAAGGAUAGACCCGUGAGCGUAGAUGAUCGUGUUGACGAGGAUUGCGCCGCAGCACCGCCGGACGAAUCCAAAACGAAGGACGUCGCCCCAACAACCAUUGCCGCUGGUGACUCCGACGUUACUACGAAGGCACUGAAGUGCCUUUGUCGGGCACGAGUCGCCUCGGCACGUUCCGCAUUAGCUGUUGACCGACCCUCAACGGUCUUUGCGCCGGCGCCUGCACUUCCUACUCCAACGGUCCCUGCCCAUCAUGCAUCCCAGCUUGGUCCUCGUACCCAGGUCUCAACGGGCAAGGCCCCUUUCUUUACAGUACCACGGAAUCUAACUGAUUCCUUCUACCGCCCAUCCGAUGUGUUGGUUGACCAUUUGCGGGGUGCUUCCACCGAGCCCCAAGCUGAUACGCAACGGCCCAUAGGGAAGCCGUCCUUCUUUGGCCCACCCCGGAAUCUCAACGAUUCAUUCUAUUGCCCGGAUGAUGACUUGGACAUGCAUAUGCAGGCUUUGGAAUCGAAGAAGCGGGCACAACCUGCAGCCAUCAAUCCUAUCCUGACGACCGGAGUGGAACCGUCAUACACCAGGGUACCACAAGGCGUGACGAACUCACUACGUUACCGGCCCAAUGCGAUGACCGCGCAUACACAAGUCUCGGCAUCCUCGAAGGCAAUGCUCCCCACAAUGGCGAGCAAUCUCUUGCAAUCUACCCGUAAAGCGCCGUACUUUACGGUACCCCGGAACGUAAAUGAUUCUUUUUACUGCCCACCGGAUGUGAUGGGUGAUUAUUUGAAGUCGUCAGGGUCACAGACGCCGGCGCCCACCCCAUUGGCAAACCCACUCCUACGCAACGGAGCCCAAUUUGGCGUGGCAACUGGUUCCGGCAACCGUGUGACCUUAUCUUCUGGUACCAGGUACAGGAUGCUCGUCAACCAACAGGGAGCCAGCAUAUCACCUGCCAGCGGCUUCGAAGCCAAUAUGGGACCAGUUUCUCGGGCUGCGCCCAUGGAGGCCAACUCGCUCGCCCCUUAUCACCUGCCGUCUCUUGACGUCUACGGGGAUGCCACACUUCGCCUUCCCCUUCCCAACGACGUCGAUCCACAAUACCCGGCUGAGCUACAGGUGUUAAUAGGCCGGCUCCGAGUCCAAGGCCGGUGGUGUUUGGAGAAGAUUCGUCUCGUGACCCUUCAAGUUGGCCAGGCCAAGGGAGAAAGCCUUGAUGAGAUGGUGGAGGCGCAUAAGAGGAGGGGCAGGCGCUACGUAAAAUCCGUUCGAGAAGCUGAAGAUAAACUCAUCAAGGGAUAUCUAGAAGCGCGCUCCAAGCCCGUGAGCCAGGCCAGCCAACCUACUGGUGGGUAUACCACGGCCUCACCCUUGGGCAAACGUGGACGUUCCUCCACCUCCGCAGCAGACGACGAUGUGCAGCGUGGAGAAGCACGUCCUAUCAAGCGCCCCCGCGAUGAGGCCACCGAGCCUGUUGAUGGGUUUCUCACCACUCCAGCACUGGGGAAGCGGGACCGUGCCUCCAGCCCGGCGGACGACCGCGAUGAGCCUCCCAAAGAGCCGCGCCCUAUCAAGCGUCCUCGCCAGCGGAAGAACUGAGCACGUGUCCGAAUGGGACCAUGACCACGUCGCAAUACUACGAACGGAGAGUGCCCUACCAUGGCGGAACGCGACGACGCCACGGAUACAUAAAUGAGAUUACGAAC